ACGUGCUAGCGUCAGCACCUUGAAUAAGGUAGCCGUUGCUGAUCCUGUUGGUGCCGACUGCUUUUUGUUCACGAGAUGAAGGACGCGACAUGGAGCACGAGAGCGGCCUGUGUCCAUCAUCGACAAGCGAAACGACACAAGCACGCGGGCUGGCCGAGUGCCGUUGACGCCAGCAGCAGAGGACGACGACAUGCCAAGAUGCAGCAGCCUCGAGGCUAAUUAUCCCCACGCCUGGCCUAGCUCGCCUCAAGUGGUAACAAUCAAUCCUCAGCGCGCUGCCCCACAUCUACAACGAUGGCGCCAGCCAGAUUCACACGACAGCAAAGCCCUCGGCGCCCAUUCCCAUCAACCACGUCCCUUUGGCCCCAAUUGCUCCCUGAGCCAUGUCGAUACAAGCUAGCGAGUCCCUCCAUCAUCUCUUCGGCGGCACCUGCUCGUGGGAUUUCGACUCAUGGCAUGCCUCUGACGACCGCGUCCGCGGCGGCAAGAGCCAGAGCCACCUCGAAGCCGCGUCGCCGUCGGCGAGCGGCGCCACGCACCAGAACGCCCGCUUCUUUGGCGACCUGGACAUCACGGCUCUCGGCGGCGCGGGCUUCGCAUCCCAGCGCACGGCCGACUCCAAGUCCUGGGACCUUUCGCCGUACUCUGGCCUGUCCAUCAAGAUCGUCAACGGGGAUGGCAAGAAGUACACGCUGAUUCUCAAGGACGAGAUCCUCCCCAAGAGACCGGAUGGUAGGGAGCAGAGCACCAUCAGCUGGGAGUACGACUUCGUCGGUGAGCAGAGCGAGCUGCGUAUCUCAUGGGCCGACUUCAAGCCAACGUACCGCGGCAAGGCGAAGCCCGAUGCCGAUCCUUUGGACUUGACUGGCAUCAAGCUGUUAAGCAUCAUGAUGAGAAGGCAGGUUUGACCUUGAAGUGGCCUACAUUGCCGCCACGCCAUCCAACCCAGAGAGCAUAGCCUCUGCUCCUCCUCCGAGGGAUGGCUCAAGAUCCAGCACCCUGGCCUCCCCACAAGCACAAGCGGGCCAAGACGUCACCUGGCUGGGAUGGGUUCGAGGUUGGCUUCGGGGAGUGUUGUGAGCCAAACCCUACCAUGUUUAAACGUAACUUCAUUUUUGGCUUUCACGCCUAGAAAAAGACAGCACAUUUUCGGCUGCGUACAAAUGAAACGAGAAAAGCAUGCCGAGUAAUACUCGCCUAGCGAUGUCCUUGUCGUCCUGUACGAGUAAUCAGUAUAAUUCGCGGGAACGUCUGCACCGCGUCAACUAGCAACCAGGGCAGCUCGGGGACCUUUACGAGGCUAACUAGGUCCUCGAAUCGGGUGGGUGGGUGCAGGUGCCUUUGCGAAUCUGAGCCAACCUUGAGAA